AUGUACCAUAAUCCUGCUCAUAAUUUGUCCAUGGAAGCAUCGGGCCAUGAACAUAUAACCACAAUCAAUAAGCCUACUGGCAUCGUGCGCCUCAGGAAUCCUAGGCUAUUAUUGACACAUGUUCAGAAACACUUGAAAUUAGAAUAUUCUUCAGGAUCUGCUCUCGGAAGGGAUUAUACAUAUAUCCUGAAGAAUAAAGGCAAUAUUGACAGUUGCUGUAAAGAGUCUUUGUUAGAGGAUUUUCAGAAACGAAGUCUCACAACUACUGGGAAUAUUCUAGAUAGGUGCCGGCGGGCGAAUACUAUACAGGAACUCACAAAUAAUGAAGCAAUAAUGUGUGGAAGCUCAAAAGGAGGAUUAUCAGGGGAUGUAGAGCCGCGUUAUUCUUUUGUACACGACAUACGAAACAUACAGAUGGUUAUGAUUACACAUAAUCUGGACAUUCUACAACAGAUUCAUCAAAAGAUUAGAUACAUAAAACAGAGGGAUCUAACUACCGGAAUCAGCAUUAUCAUAGAAUAUCAUAGAGAAUUAAGUGUGGCUGUUCAGGAGACUUUAUCACUGAAAAAUAAAACUUGCUGCACCCAAGUAAAACGUCAAGCAAAAUAUCUCCUGAGCCUUAAAGGAGAAAUGCCGACAAUCCAUACGGUACUCCAAGGACUGAAGGGAAAAAUCUUAGUAAGUAUCGCAGUACUCAAAAGCCGGAAUCAUCAGCGAGCAUUCGGUGGAAUCCGUACUAUAAUCAUCAGGCACAAGCCCGCCGUUAUCAGUUCGGUGUGCGAUCCAAUACGCGUUAUAGGAUAUCUCUAUGUGCUUCUGAAAGUAUCCGAAUAUGGACAGACAUUAGAUGGUAUCAGUAAGCCUCGCUUUAAGGAUUGUAUAUGA